AUGACCAUUGCGCUCGAGAGACUUAAUGGCCAUGAUUCCCCUGGUAUACUAGACCCUUCCACGUCUGGCUCGGUGACUCAAAAUGCUCCAACCGAUUUACCAGAUUUAUACCAGAGUGGCAACAUGAAAGGACGCAACACCAUACCGAUAGCCGUAAACCCUGUCGAGCUGGUGACGACAGAAUGUAUCACAGUCACUUCCUCGAUGCGAAAGCAUUCGAGAUGGGCUCAUUCGUCUGUGGCGGCUAUCCUGAGCGGAGGUGGUGCUUCACGAUCUUACGAGCGCGAGCUUUCUGUCCCUCUCAAUGUCUCCCUUGCGACGAAAUCUCAGUCGACAAUCGCCCCGACAAAAUCUGGAUCUGCGGGGGUUGAAGGUGAACACGCACUUGCGAGUAGAUGGGGUCUCAGGGGGAAGAAAGGAAAGAGCUUGCAGGACAACCCGUUGAUGUCUGCUUUUACGCGGUUACGUAUCGACUUGAAGGACUGUAAAGAUAUUCGCGAUUUUGAUACCCCAGCUCUUCUACAUCCAUUCCUUCAGGUUAUACGCUCAUCGUCGACAUCUGCUCCUAUUACAUCACUUGCAUUGAUCUCAAUAACGAAGUUCUUUUCUUACAAUAUCAUCAAUCGAGAUUCUCCACGCCUCUCCAUGGCCCUUCAACUUUUAUCAGCCGCUGUCACGCAUUGCCGAUUUGAAGCCACAGACUCUGCAGCUGAUGAAAUUGUUCUCCUUCGAAUUCUCAAGCUCAUGGAGGGUAUGCUCUCUAGGGCUGAGGGUGAGCUUCUGGGAGACGAAAGCGUCUGCGAAAUGAUGGAAACAGGACUGAGCAUGUGCUGUCAAGUUCGACUAUCAGAAGUCCUACGCCGCUCUGCCGAGAUGUCUAUGAUAAACAUGUGCCAAGUCAUUUUUCAACGCCUUUCCCAAUUGGAUGUCGAAGAUUUACCAGUGCCCAAUUUGCCACAAGAAGAGCACUCGCAAAUGGAGGCUGGGAAUUUCAAGAUGGAUCCCUCUGUGGAUGGCGAUACUGUUACAUCACAGCAUCAUUCAAGCCUAGGCAUGGAUACCUCUACCCCAACAAAGGAUCGUAGCAGUGGUGAAGAUGAUUCAGAAGCUACUUUCAAUGGUGACACCACUACCAAUCAGCCCGCGCCGCACGAAAACAUGUCCCCCGAAGUUAAACCGUAUUCAUUACCUUCAAUUCGAGAGCUGUUCCGGGUUCUUAUUGACUUAUUGGAUCCACAUAAUCGCCAACACACAGACACUAUGCGAGUCAUGUCAUUGAGGAUAAUCGAUGUUGCUCUUGAGGUGGCGGGGCCUUCAAUAGCUCGUCAUCCAAGUCUUGCGCAACUUGCCAAAGAUGACUUGUGUCGUCAUCUAUUCCAACUCGUGAGGUCUGAAAAUAUGGCUUUGUUAAAUGGAUCUCUUCGAGUUGCAGGAACGCUACUCUCUACCUGUCGUAAUGUCUUGAAAUUACAGCAAGAACUUUUCCUUUCGUAUUUAGUCGCGUGUUUGCAUCCAAGAGUAGAAAUACCAAGGGAACCUGGGAUCGAUCCAAACCUCUAUUCAGGUGUUCCACAAGCACCAAAAUUGGUGAAGCCCUCACCAUCACAAACCAGCAGUGGUCGUUCAACUCCAGUUCCUGUGAAAGAUCGCCAAAAGCUUGGAAUGGAAGGCGGGUCUCGGAAGCCUGAAGCACGAGAAGCGAUGGUGGAAAGCAUAGGGGCAUUAACACGGAUUCCAAACUUCAUGGCAGAACUAUUUGUGAAUUAUGACAGCGAAGUCGACAGGGCUGACCUUUGUGAAGAUAUGGUUGGGCUCCUGUCCCGUAAUGCGUUUCCUGACUCAGCGACUUGGAGUACCACAAACGUGCCGCCAUUAUGCCUUGACGCCCUAUUAGGGUACGUGCAAUUUAUUGCUGAAAGGCUAGAUCAGCCUCCUAAUUACGACAAUCUGCCGGACCCUGCACGACUGAGGAGCCAACGUCAACGGAAGAAGGUCAUUAUCCAAGGCGUUGCGAAAUUUAAUGAAAAUCCCAAGGCUGGAAUCGCAUACCUCGCUUCCCAUAAAAUUAUAGAAGAUCCAGAUAACCCUCAACUUGUUGCGAAAUUCCUCAAAGGCACAAGUCGAAUAUCCAAAAGGGUGUUGGGAGAAUUUAUCUCAAAAAAAUCUAACGAAGCCCUUCUUGACGAAUUCAUUGGUCUUCUCAACUUCGAUGGCAAACGGGUAGAUGAAGCGCUACGGGACCUCCUGGGCUCUUUCCGCCUGCCUGGCGAGGCGCCUCUUAUUACCAGGAUUCUAACUGUAUUCUCGGACAAAUACAUCACCAAAGUAAAACCAAGUGGUGUGGCGGAUAAAGAUUCGCUAUUCGUCCUAACGUAUGCCAUCAUCAUGUUAAACACCAACUUAUAUAAUCGAAAUGUCAAGCCGCAGGAUCGAAUGUCGUUCGAGGGUUUUGUAAAGAAUCUGCGGGGAGUCAACGGCGGGAACGAUUUCGACACUGAUUUCCUUCAAAGCAUAUACACUUCAAUCCAGCACAACGAAAUUAUAUUACCGGACGAGCAUGAAAAUAAACACGCAUUUGAAUAUGCCUGGAAAGAACUUCUCAUGAAAACGAUGGAAACUGGAGAAUUGGCUGUCUUCGACUCUAACGUCUUUGACGCGGAAAUGUUCCAGGCGACCUGGCGACCAGUGGUGGCAACACUCUCAUAUGUUUUUAUGUCUGCCUCUGAUGAUGCAGUCUUCUCCAGAGUCGUCAUCGGUUUUGACCAAUGUGCCAAGAUCGCAGCCAGAUACAAUCAGACUGAAGCAUUGGAUCGCAUUAUAUAUUGCCUUAGUUCCAUAAGUACCCUUGCACCAGACACUCCCCCAAACACGUCUCUCAACACCGAAGUUCAAGCCGGGAAAAAGAGUGUUAUGGUUAGUGAGCUUGCAGUAAAACUAGGCAGGGAUUUCAGAGCACAGUUGGCCACUGUGGUAUUGUUUAGAGUGCUGAUGGGGAAUGAAUCCAUCGUUCGAAAGGGGUGGACUCACAUUAUCAAAAUAUUGCAUAACUUGUUCAUAAACUCGCUCAUCCCCCAGUUCGAGAGUAUGAAACCGAAGCUGGAUGUCCCUCCAAUCCCACUCCAACCCCCAUCACAAAUCAUCGACCGAGAUGGGCGAGGUAAUGACAGUGGGUUACUUUCAGCCUUCACAUCGUAUCUCUCAAGUUACGCUGCGGACGAUCCCCCUGAACCUUCUGACGAGGAGCUUGAAAAUACCCUGUGCACAGUGGACUGCGUCAGCGCUUGUUCCAUUCCUGAGAUUCUUACAAAUAUAAGCUUAAUGCCUCUGGAGUCUGUUGUUUCUUUAGUCAAUGCUCUGCUAUCGGAUCUUCCGGACACAAGCCCAGCCGUUAUUGUUGUCAAACCUGAAAGGCCUCCUCCCAAUGCAUCUCGAUCUCCAAGCAGUAAAACAGACGCUGAUCGACCAAACUACGAUCCUGGGAUGAUAUACGUCCUUGAGUUGGCCACAAUUCUAACUAUCAGAGACCAAAAUACUAUCUGUGAGUUAGGCGAAACUCUGACCGGCGCGUUACAAAAUAUUGUUCGAGACUUCAAGGGCUUCCAUUCUCUUGUAGUUUCUCGAGUAAUAUCAUAUCUCCUAUCUCUGCUUUGCCAUGCUUAUGAAUACUCCUUUAUGCGAGUGCCGGUUGUCCUCCAUGCUAUCUCCGCCUUGGAUCAAAAUAUUCUAGAAAAUUCAGCCGUUACUAUCGUCAAAGGGCUAUCUUACUGCAUCACCAGUGCCGCUCCUCUCAAGAGCGAAAUUACAAGAUCACCAGAUUUCUGGUCGAUAUUGCAGCGGUUACAUCGACAUCAGGAGGGCGCUCCUAUGGUUUUCGAUCUUCUUGAACAUAUUGUGCAUUUCACACCGCCCGUGAUUUCAGCCGACAACUACGAAUCUUGUGUAGUCCUUGCAAAUGAUUUUGCAAAUGCAGGGAGCCUUGCUGCUGUGUCUGACCCAAGGAGGGUUUUGUCAGGAAAACGAUCCAUGCCAGUGAAGGCCCCUAAAGCACAGGAUAAUCCGUUGGCGCAACGCGGAAUUCAAGCAAUUGGCCUUAUAUACCACUUGUCAAAACGAGUACCAGAUCUCAUUCAACAGUCUCACCUUGAAAGAAAUGAAGCAUGGGCUGCAUACUGGUCACCAGUAUUCAACGCACUGACCACCCAGUGCCUAAAUCCUUGCCGCGAUAUUCGACAUCAAGCAAUCUCGGCACUGCAACGAUCCCUGUUGUCGCCUGAACUUGCGUCGACGGAUCAUACGGAGUGGAUCGCGAUUUUUGGAGAAGUCCUAUUUCCUCUCAUUCUACGACUUCUGAAACCUGAAGUGUACCAAUCUGACCCGGUGGGAAUGAGCGAAACCCGAGUCCAAGCAGCAACCCUCGUGUGCAAAAUCUUCCUUCAUUAUCUUGUCCUGCUUUCGGAAUGGGAUGGUAUGUUGGAUCUAUGGCUGAAGAUUUUGGAUAUUUUAGACCGCAUGAUGAACAGCGGUCAAGGGGAUAGUCUUGAAGAAGCGGUACCUGAAAGCUUGAAAAACAUACUCCUCAUCAUGGCGGAUGGGGGUUAUAUAGCUCCACCUACGGAAGACCCGUCGAAAGAAAAGAUUUGGGUGGAGACGCAGAAGCGCCUGGAUCGGUUUCUUCCUAACCUCUUCGCUGAGAUACCUUUCAAAGCCGAAGUGCAAAAACCUCAACCACCACAAACGCCAACACAGCAGGAGCCAACAUCUUCGAUCACCCCUCCUGAAUUACCGCCUCAACCAGACCAUGAAGAGAGCCAUAGCCAUCCCACAGCCAAUGAGACAUUGGCCAAGACUGAUGUUUUGGACGCUGUCGACUAA